GAGAGUGCGGAAAGCCACGACCAACUGUUCGACGAAGGUUCAAACGCCAGACCCCUUUCCAGGCGCCUUUCCAGAAUCCAGCGCCAGGCUCUCCUACAGACAGCGACUUAGCCGCUGGCGCCGUGGGAGGCAUCAACGCCAUUGUGGGCAAGUGGCCGUGGAUGGUGCUGUUCGGCCGGUGGACGGACGCCGGUCUGGGCGGCUGGUUCUGCGGCGGCACCCUCAUCACCGACCGGCACGUGCUCACGGCCGCCCACUGCCUGCGACCAGAGGAAGCCGGCACCGUCGGCGCGCGCAUCGGUGACAACGACCUGAACCGGCUGGACGAGGUGGAGCACCAGCAGCGGAACGUCUCCGGCACCGUGCGCCACCCGCAGUACGUGGGCGCGCAGAACGACCUGGCCGUGGUGCGGCUGGCGACGCCCGUCACUGUCACCAGGGACGUGUCGCCCAUCUGCCUGCCGCCGGCCGGCGCCGACCACGUCGGACGAGACGUGGAAAUGGCCGGCUGGGGCCUGCUCGAGUUCGGUGGGAACACUUCGGACAUUCUGCAGGAGGUGGCCCUGCGCGUGGCCGACCCAUCCGUCUGUGAGACCGCCUACCGGCGCGUGCCGCAGUUCGACAGUCGCUUCCCGGGCGGCUUCCAGGGCACCAAGGUGUGCGCCGAGAGCCGGGACGGCGAGCCGCGCGACGCGUGCCGCGGCGACUCGGGCGGCCCGCUAAUGGUGCGUCUGGAGAACGACACCUACCAGCUGGUGGGUGUGGUCUCCACUGGCGUCGGCUGCGGCAACCCCGAGUUCCCCGGACUGUACACCAAGGUGUCGGCCUACAUCGACUGGAUCUUCAGCCAGCUCACAUGACCCGGAGCGAAAAGAACGCAUCUGGCGCUCUUCUCGCCUUCUUUUGUGCACAAUGCUGACAACUGAUCAUUUUUACAAGACGUUUCAUCACAUCAUUUGGAAAAGUUCGUCGGGUAA